GGGUAGUGAUGAGCCAGGGUUACAGGGCUGGGAGCCGAGCCAGAGGACGGGCUGAGCUGUCUAUGGGGAGCAGCGGAGGACCCGGGCCAGACAAGUUUCACUAUAUCCGAUAGGUGGCUGGAAAUAUGACAUUGACUAAAGGCUCCUUUACCUAUUGCAGCGGUGAGGAAUAUCACGGAGAAUGGAGAGAAGGUCGAAGACAUGGCAUGGGCCAGCUGUUAUUUUCUGAUGGCGUCACCUACAUCGGCCAGUUUGAAAAUGGGCUUUUUAAUGGUUGUGGGAUUUUAUCCUUCCCGGAUGGCUCAAGAUACGAAGGGGAGUUUGUUCAAGGGAAAUUCCACGGUGCUGGAGUCUUUACCCGCUAUGACAGCAUGAAGUAUGAGGGAGAAUUUAAAGGCGGUCGGGUAGAAGGAUUUGGCCUGUUGACAUUUCCUGACGGCUCCCAUGGGAUCCCAAGAAACGAAGGUAUCUUUGAGAAUAACAAACUGGUGAAGAGAGAGAAAUGUCAAGCGGUGAUCCAGAGGGCCGUAAGUGCCUCCAAAGCUUCCUGCUGCCUGGCGGUCAACCAAGUCUGACGGGACCAUGUCAAUCCCACAAGACAGCCGUGUCUCUUGUCACAUCCUACAAGUGCACUCACUUUUUCUUUUGUAUUCUUUUGCGUGUUUACACUGCUUGCUGGUAAAAGCAGACAAAGUGUGACUUCUGUUUUCAGUAGCUCUUCCUCUUCUUCCAUGAUUUAUAGCUCAAGACACAUAUGUAGAGAGUCCGAGCAGGAGACAAGGUCUUCUGUUGUUGUGUUGCUGCUGACACCUUCAAGUUCAGUAGAACUUAUUACAGUGCCUCCCUAGAAAGAGACCAUGUCUGCUCCAACACUCUGGAA